AUGACCGCGACAUCGACCAAGAUUAGCAACUUCUUCGUAUUGCGCCGCAACUCGUCGCAUUAUACAUCUAUCAAAGACCAAGCGCUCAAGCAUUCAGCUCUUUAUGUACAAUACAAAAACAAAAACAAAAAAAGAAACGCUAUUAGCUUUUUUAUGCUAUUGGGCGCUCCUAAGAGCGAGCAAGAGAAGUCGAUUAGCAGCCGGCGACCUUCUCUCACACAAAACCGGUUAAGUCUCCAAAUGUCGAUUCAGGCGCAAAUCAAAAUUGGUCUUCCUCAAUGCCUUUGCGAAUCCACUCAUCAAUCACAGCCUCCAACGCUGUUAAUUCCCUCAGCCCAAGUGCGUUCACACUCUCCUGAGCUGCAGCCCCAAGCACACUAA